AUGGCAGAUGAUAACACCAAAGUUGCUCUCGCUACCAUCGAAGCCUCUCGCCUCUCGAUAGAUUUGAAGGACAAGUGCAUAGACAUCCUCAAGAAGUCAAAGGAUGAAGCAACAUACAUCAUCAAUGCCUACGGCCCAGCUGAUGCUCGUACUCCUGAUCGCCUUGACAAAUACCUCAAUAAGAUGAUCACGGAUGCCGAGAAUGCACAUCCAACAGCACAAGGUAUUUAUACAUCUACACCAACAAACACUUAUAAACAAAUACAUAUCCAACCUAAAUAUCCUUCCGAACUCUCUAACUAA